CCACUGUUUAGACGGCCUCCUACAUGCUUCAUGAUACGACCAACAAGACAAGUGAAAGCAAAACCAACACGCUAAACGGUUUCCCUAAAACAAUGUCAGAUGUGAGAUGUGAAUGUGAGAUGGAAAAUCUGCUCACAGAAGUCAGUUUGAACAUUAACAGACAUCCCAGCGGUCUGCUGCUGAACCAGACGCUCUUCCUUUACCGCCGUCCGUCAUUUUCCACAGUAUUCAUCAACAACGUUGGACUUUCAGUGCUCUGAGGACAGCAGGUGAAUUUAAACACAGUCAAACCUUUUUUCCACCGUAAGAUUCAAUCUUUAAAAGUUUUGUUUUUGUGAAACACAACAAUCAUUUACCAUCGUUAUAAUAUAUUCCAAAGUCCAUCCUGCUGCUCCUGCAGUGGAUUAAAGGUUAAACUGCUCCAACUUUCAUUGUAGUUUCCUGGUUCCUCCCCUUUAAUGUACCUGAGGAGAACAGGUGUGGCGUGCAGUCAUCUGAUCGGCUAAAGCAGAACACAUCUCCUGCUGCCGAGUCAAGGUGAAGAAAAAUGGCACAGGGGGGAAGUGCAAUGGAUCCUCUGAAGUUUGCUUGCUCCAUCUGUCUGGAUCUACUGAAGACUCCGGUCACCAUUCCCUGUGGACACAGCUACUGCAUGGACUGUAUCAAGACCUGCUGGGAUGACGAAGUUCAGAGAAGAUUCUACAGCUGUCCUCAGUGCAGAGAGGCCUUCACUCCCAGGCCGGUUCUGGUGAAGAACACCAUGUUAGCAGAGUUAGUGGAGGAGCUGAAGAAGACUGAACUCAGAUCUGAUCUCUGCUACGCUGGACCUGAAGACGUGUCCUGUGACGUCUGCUCUGGGAGGAAGAUGAAAGCCGUCAAGUCCUGUCUGGACUGUCUGGCUUCUUACUGUGAGGAACAUCUCCAACCUCACUAUGACUCUAUAGAAAAUCAUGAACUUGUUGAAGCUUCCAAAAGCCUAAAGCAGAAGGUCUGCUCACGUCACAAUAAGAUCAUGAAGAUCUUCUGUCGUACUGAUCAGCGGUGCAUCUGUUAUCUCUGUCUGAUGGGCGAACACAAAGGCCAUGAGACGGUCUCAACAGCGACAGAAAGAACCAAGAAGCAACAGGACCUCAAGAAGAUUCGACAACAAAUCCAGCAGAAGAUCAAGUACAGAGAGAAAGACAUGAGGCUGUUCCAGCAGGAGGUGGAGAAUAUAAAGGUUUCUGCUGACAAAUCAGUGGAGGACAGUGAGGAGAUCUUCUCUGAGAUGAUCCGUCUCCUCCAGAAAAGAAGCUCUGAGGUGAAGCAGCAGAUCAGAUCCCAGCAGGAGGACGAAGUGAAUCGAGUCCUGGAUCUUCAGGAGAAGCUGGAGCAGGAGAUCAGAGAUCUGCAGAGCAAAGACAGAGAGAUGGAGCAGCUCUCUCAGACAGAGGACCACAGCCAGUUCCUGCACAGAUACCCCUCACUGUCUGCACUCAGGGAGUCCACACACUCAUCCAGCUUCCACCUUCGUCCUCGGAGGUAUUUUGAGGAGGCGACAGCAGCUGUGGCAGACACCAGAGACAAACUACAGGAGCUCCUGAGGGACAAACGGGCAAACAUCUCCCUGGCUGAGGCUAAAAUGGACGUGCUAUCACCAAAAGCAGAACCAAAGACGAAGGAGGACUUCUUGAAAAUUUCAAAAGAAGUCAGGCUGGAUCCAAACACCGCACACACACGUCUGGUUCUAUCUGAUGAGAACAGAAGUGUAUCAGAAAUGAGUGAUGAUCAGUCUUAUCCUGAUCAUCCAGACAGAUUCAGCUUCUGGCCUCAAGUUCUGAGCACAGAGAGUCUGACUGGACGCUCUUACUGGGAGGUGGAGUGGAACGAAGGAGAGCUUUGGGUCGCAGUUGCGUACAAGAACAUCAGCAGAACAGGACAUUCAACAGACUCUGUAUUUGGGUUCAAUGACAAAUCAUGGUCACUUCACUGUGGUCUCUGCGACAGGUACACUUUUUCUCACGGGAAUAUUCGAACCCGCCUCUCGGGUCCCAGUUCCUCCAGGGUGGGAGUGUACCUGGACCACAGAGCAGGUGUUCUGGCCUUUUACAGCGUCUCUGAAACCAUGACCCUGCUCCACAGAGUCCAGACUACCUUCACUCAGCCGCUACACGCCGGACUCCUGUUUUGUGAAAAUAGCAACAUGUACUGCCGCCCUACAGCAACCUUUAAAAAAUUGAAAUAGACAGAGAUCCUUUCAGGAAGAACUUGAUCAAAUAUCUACAUUUUACUUUAUUUUUGUUUAGAACUGGUAUUUGUAUCAUUUCUUCACAGCACAAAUGUAGAAAGUCUUUUGGUGGACUUGUUUUGUUGAUGUUUGCAUUCCUGUGUUUGAUCAAUAAUGGAGCCUGUCAAUCCCUCUGAGCACUUUAAAUCACCUUAAAUAGCUACAUUUACUGUAACCCUUGUGCUAUCCUAUGACCCCACCCUUACAUUGACGUGUUAUUCCUACCAUGAGAGUAAACUCACCAGUUUGGUUGAAUUAUUUGCGGCAAACUGCUUCCAUGAAAACAGAAUCAAGUAAUCUGUAAAAAUGAUAAUAAAAUUCCAAUGUCACAAAAAA